AUCUGGUGUGUGAUGCUGAAAUGAUACCACCUCAGAUGUUCACGUGAGGUAAGUUUCAUUUAUCCUACAAGGAGGUUUAAUCUCGAUCUUCUUCAGGACUGUAAAUAAAAAGCACGGGAGGAGAGCUGACACGCGCAGGACGUUCCUGACGUAACGUUUGUGACGGAUUAACCCACCGGAAGAACAGGUGAAACGAUGUGGAGCUGCAGUCCGUGGGUUCUUCUGCCUCCUGCCUACUCUGUGUGCACAGCCGUGGGACUGUGGGUGGUAUACUUCGUCGCUGUCAGGGAUGAGCAGGUCGUGCCCCUGAGCUCACAACACAUCAGAAUAAAUUGAUCCAGGUAUCCUCCAUUCAUUAGUGUUGCAGGCAACUUUCCACCAGCCAGCUGCAUCUUCAGCGAGGUCAUGAACCUGGCGGCAUUUGUUGGGUUGAUUAUUGCCGUCCUGAGAUACCUUCAGCUGAAACACACCACGGUCAAACCAUGGCUGAAUUUUGGUAGUCUUGUGUGUUUUGCCAUUGGCUGCUUUGGAAUGACACUUGUAGGAAACGUCCAGGUAUUCGCCAAUCAGAACAUUCACGAAGCGGGCACACUUAUGACGUUUGGGCUGGGAACGCUCUUCUGCUGGGUGCAGUCCUACAUCACCCUGAGAGUGAACCUGAGGAACGAGGGGAGGAAGGCGGGAAUCAGUCGUUUCCUGUUGACUGGAGCCGUCACUGUCUGCAUGAUCGUCCGUCCGGUCCUGAUGUCAGAGAAGCUCCACAUGCAAGCAGCCCGAUGCCAGUGGGCGCUGGUCAUGUUCUUCCUCAUCUUCAUCGGCACUUUUGCCGUCGAGUUUCGUCACAACCGCUUUGAGAUGGUGUGCACAGAUAACUCAGCGACCCACUCUGAAGUGCACAGUGACGAGUUGCACCAGCUGUAGGGACGUCACACUGUCUCACAUCUGAAGGUCAUCAGGAUCAACUGCAUGAGGCGCAUGAGAUGCCUUUACACCAUCUUAAGGGUUUAUCAUUCCAUUGUUAACAAUAGCGACAUGUGAGGGUCUUUGUUUUGAGCUUUUCUCCUCUUAUCGACCACUUUAAGUGUUUUGCACAACAAUCCACACUCACACAUACUUUAUGCUGUGCUUUUUUUGAAUCAAACAUUUGCACAGAUGUUCGUGGCAAUUUUGGGUUUGGUAUUUUGACCAAGGACACUUUGGCAUGCGAACUGGAGGCGCUGGCAAUCAAACUGCCAUCUAUCUGGUUAAUGGUCGACCUGCUCCAUUUUCAGAGUCAAGGUCGCCAUCGACCCAUGUUCAUGUUUUGAAAAAAAUGCAAAAAUGAACCUUUCAAACUUUUUUUACUUUUCAAAUGCUUUAGUUUUGCUGAUAUGCACAGUAAAGAAUACAAUAAAUAAAAAUACAGAAACAUUUGUCUCUUUCUAUACACCCAAAUAUCAUUGGACAUUUUGAACAACUUAUUUUAAAUGACCUGAUUUUGAUGUUUUUUGUUUCCCUCACAUAUCUUUCUAUCUCCCAUAAUAUUGAAAAAUUGAAUUUGAAAUGUCUGGCACAUAAAGCAACAUUAUUAUCUGCAUGGAUCAACACCACAAGUGAGAGUGAGAAACUUGUUUUAUAGUUUGUGAACGUGCCCUUUGAGCCUUUCACAUGAAGUAUUUUAAUAAACAACCAUGUGAAUUACAGCCGUAGCAUUUUUUAGACUUAACUGCACAUUUAAACUGAGUGAGGAGACUGGCUUCUGUGUGAGACACAGCAUUUUUAUUGGAAGUAAUUUUCCUGAACAAUAACAAUGAUGUUUCACACAUAAAUUAGAGAUUUAGCAAUUUUAGGUAACUCCAGAAACCCACAUAAUAUAUGAACUACGAUGGCACGUUUAAAUAGACACAUUCAGACAUUCCAACACUUUUGAAAUGAGAAUUCUCUCUUGGCAGCACCUCUGCUGGGUGCAUCUACAUGUAUACUGUUCUACUUUCUACAACAUUACAGGUUGAUUACUGGAUACAACAUCAUACAUGUGCAACUCAUGUACAUGUGGAGGGAGGAAACAAGUGGACAAUGUAUACAAAAUGGUGACAAAAUACAAUAUGCUUGCUUGCACACGCACAGUUUGGACGUUUCGAUCAACACUGAUGACGUUCAGGAGUGGCGAUCAAAUACAGUUCAUCUAAAAAGGUAAAAAGGAAGGGUAAUCUCACAUGUCAUAUCUACAGCUUUCUGUCGUCUUCCCAGUCAAUGCAAAGGUCCAAUGUGAGUGACUUUCCAAUUCAGCUCCUAUUACACCCUGUGUAUGUUUCCACUGAUGUGAAAGGCAUCCUGAACUGAGAAGAUGGACUUCAUUAGCCCUACUGAUGGCUAACUGGAACUCCAGCAGCAUCCGCUUCACCUCUGGAGCGGUCUACAUUGACCAAACAUAAAAAAACAACAGGUUUGCAAAAAAA